UCUGAACCCAGAUGAGAGUGGUGGACAGCUGGCCUGAGGGUAAAAGGUUACCAUGGACACUCUCACCCCUGCAAACAAGUUGAAGGACUCACAGAAAACCUCAGUACCCAGUCAUGGGCCAAAGACAUCAUCAGGCAAAAAGGUGAAGACCCCACGCCCACUGCUGUCCCGGACGUGGAAGCAGGACCGAGAACAGUCUCUGGCAGCAGCGUAUGUGCCGGUGGUAGUGGACCCCAGGGGCCAGAACCCAGACAGGCUUAGGUUCAAUUUCUACACCUCCCAGUACUCCAACUCUCUGAACCCUUUCUACACCGUGCAGAAGCCUACCUGUGGCUACCUGUACCGCCGGGACACUGACCACACACGCAAGCACUUUGAUGUGCCUUCCGCCAAUGUGGUCUUGUGGCGCAGCUGAGAAUGUGCCAGUCAGAAGCCCUCGGCUCCGUACCCUGACCCCCAUGACUCCAGGCCCCAGCGGAGAAGGGUUGCUCACUUCAGGAGGACCAGCCCAUGCCUGGACUAGGACAGCUGUGCCAUGCCCACCUGUCAGCAGCAGUGGAGGGAGGUAUCUCUUUUCAGCAACAAUUAAAGUUUGUCCUUCCUCUCCCUGGCAUCUGAAUGGGUGGCUGUGGGUGGAUAAACUGAGACCACAGGGGCGUUGUACAGAAAGGUUAUGUCCAGAGGUGCCUGAAGACUUAGAAGGACUUGGGUCUCAGUCCCAUCACCCCAAGAGUAUCCUCAAUCCCCCUUCAGAGCCUGAAUCCUGAGCAAAGCCCAUGCUGGCCACAAAAUCUCAGGGUCCAGGUUUGGCGACUCCUCCAAAGAUAAGAAAGAGAGAUGCAUCAACUGCCCUCUUAUGGACUCCUCCUCUCCUGGGCUGGAGAAUAGGGAAGUAAUACAGGGCGUGAACACAGUCCCUAGGGAGCCCCCUCCCCAGCCCCAGUUUUACUUAAAACUGCCUCUUCUGACUUGUGGUUUAGUUGGUUGGGAGUGGGCUUCCCAGUCUCAGUCUCUUCUCCUGUGGUCCAGAGGAGGCAACUUGGGGCUGGUUAGGCUGGUGGGUCAUGGCUCAUGGAGCAGAAGGAUGGAGGCAGAGGGCACUUGACCCACAGCAGUGGCCCGAGUACUGCGUCACUGGUCACUGCCACCCGGGGUGAAUCCAAUGAGUGGUAUGCUGGAACAGCUCACACCGGCCUGUGAGACAACUAUGUGCACCUCUUUGUCUUCCCUGCUCCACAUUCAGCGACUUCAUGUUGGCAGCUCAAAAUUGGCCAUAGUGAGAGUAUUUGCAUUGCAAAAAUCAGCAAAUGCCUGCAAAUAGGGGCUUCUUUUUUCCAGAGAAGGACCCUUGGUUGCGCAGUGGUUAAGUGCUUGGCUGCUAACCGAAAGGUCAGCAGUUUGAACCUAGCGGCCACUCCACGGGAAAAAGAUGUAGCAGCCUUCUUCUGUAAAAAAAAAAAAAGACAUACAGCUUUGGAAAUCCUAUGGGGCAGUUCCACUCUGCUCACAGGGUCGUUAUAUGUCGGCAUUGACCCUACAGCAAUGGGUUUGGUUUUUUGGUUUGAUUUUUCCAGUGAACACCUGUUAAAGAUUCACCAAUACAUCACUGGGUGAAUCCUGCUGGUUUCAUUUCUAGCAGUGAAAUGAAUUUCACUCUAGGUAUCCAGGAGAGCGUAUUUCUAGAGCACAAGAGGUUGGGGCCAGUGUGGCAAGUAGGACCAGGAUACCUGGGAACUCCCAGAAAAGCAGCCAGUGACAUUGACCAGUCUCUACAGCUUUCCUGGAUACCUUUCUCGGAAAAGAAGGUGAUAAGGGGAGAGGAUCUCCUAGGGGUUACCCGAAUAGCGUAAUCCAACUUCUAGUAUUCAGUUAUUACCGAAUUAUUCAGCAAAUGUUUAUUUGCAUCUACUAUGUUCCAGGAGCCCUGGUGGCACAAUGGUUAAGAGCUCAGACCGCUAACCAAAAGGCUGGACAUUCAAAUCCACCAGCCGCUCCUUAGAAACCCUAUGAGGCAGUUCUACUCUGCCCUAUAGGAUCGCUAUGAGUUGGAAUCGACUCGACAGCAAUGGGUUUUAUGUUCCAGGCAAAGGAGGCUUGGUGGUACAGUUGUUAAGCGCUUGGCUGCUAACUUUAAGUCAGCAGUUUGAAUCCACCAGCUGGUCCAAGGGAGAAAGAUGUAUGUCAUGGAUUGAAUUAUGUCCCCCCCAAAAAUGUGUGUAUCAAUUUGACUGGGCUGCGAUUCCCAGUACUGUGUGGUUGUCUUCCAUUUUGUGAUCGUAAUUUUAUGUUAAAGAGGAUUAAAGUGGAAUUGUAACACCCUUACUAAAGUCACAUCCCUGAUCCAAUGUAAAGGGAGUUUCCCUGGGGUAUGUCCCGCACCACCUUUUCUUUCAAGAGAUAAAAGGAAAGGGAAGCAAGCAGAGAGUUGGGGACCUCAUACCACCAUGAAAGCAGCACCAGGAGCAGAGUGUAUCCUUUGGACCUGGGGUCCCUGCACCAGAGAAGCUCCUCGAGCAGGGAAAAAUUGAGGACAAGGACCUUCCUCCAGAGCCAACAGAGACAGAAAGCCUUCCCCUGGAGCCGAUGCCCUGAAUUUGGACUUUUAUCCUACUUUAUUGUAAGGAAAUAAACUUCUCUUUG